AUGCCGGUUUCUGGUGUUGGGCGAGAUGGGGAUAAAACUCAACUCCUUGCUUCAGCCCUUCUUCUCCCACAGACAGACCUGGGUGGGGAUCUCUACUCGAAUAGAAGGCGCGAACUCAUCGAUGCUAUGACAGCCCUUCCUUGCCUAACCGCUGCUGUUUUCUCAGGUCGAGUUGAGGGCUUGAGCUUCUAUGAUUCCUUUUCUUUAUAUCUUCAUUUAAUCCUCCCUGUUUCAGGUCAAGUUUUCACUGACGUAGUUGGCAGCCCAUACUAUGUUGCUCCCGAGGUUCUCCUCAAGCAUUAUGGGCCUGAAGCAGAUGUUUGGACCGCCGGUGUCAUACUUUAUAUAUUGCUCAGUGGUGUACCACCGUUUUGGGCAGAGACCCAGCAGGGUAUAUUUGAUGCUGUAUUGAAGGGACAUAUAGAUUUUGACUCAGAUCCAUGGCCUCUAAUAUCUGAUAGUGGAAAAGAUCUGAUUAGAAAGAUGUUGUGUUCUCAGCCUUCAGAUCGGUUGACUGCUCAUCAAGUCUUAUGUCAUCCUUGGAUAUGUGAAAAUGGAGUUGCCCCUGACAGAUCAUUGGACCCUGCUGUUCUUUCUCGUCUCAAACAGUUUUCUGCAAUGAAUAAGCUAAAGAAGAUGGCAUUGCGGGUAAAUAAAGCUAAUUAAUGCAUGGAUAUUAAUUU